UUACCCAGUAUUCCGCGCGACUGGGCAAGAUGGCGGCGAAUGCAAGCACAGACACAGCUGUCUUCGACUGCCCGUCAUGGGCAGGAAAACCUCCACCUGGACUCCAUCUGGACGUGGUUAAAGGAGACAAAUUAAUAGAGUCAGUGAGCCUGGCGCUGUCUGCUGCAGAAGCUGAUCAUCGAUGAGAAGAAGUUCUAUCUGUUUGGGAGGAACCCUGACCUCUGUGACUUCACCAUAGACCACCAGUCGUGCUCGCGGGUGCACGCGGCGCUGGUCUACCACAGACACCUGAAGAGAGUGUUCCUCAUGGACCUCAGCAGCACCCACGGCACAUUUCUGGGCAGAAUCCGCCUGGAGCCGCACAAACCUCAGCAGGUGCCGAUCGACUCCACCAUGUCGUUCGGAGCGUCCACACGCGUCUACACGCUGAGAGAGAAACCACAGACGCAGAGCAGCUCCAGCGCCGGAGACAGUAAAGGGCUGGAGGACGAGGAACUGAAGGGGCUGCUGGGACUGCCGGAGGAGGAGACCGAGCUCGAGAACCUGACAGAGUUCAACACGGCUCAUAACAAACGCAUUUCUACGCUCACCAUUGAAGAAGGAAACCUGGAGAUCCAGAGACCCAAGAGGAAGAGGAGGAGCUCGCGAGUUUCCUUCAGUGAAGAAGAGGAGAUCAUAAACCCAGAGGACGUGGACCCGUCUGUGGGACGCUUCAGGAACAUGGUGCAGACGGCUGUGGUUCCUCUUAAGAAGAAGAAGCUGGAAGGGCGCAGUACUCUGGGAUUGGAGGAGAGCGUGGCGCGGCGGUUACAGAGCUUCCCGCUGAGCGCUGGGCUGUACGGAGACCUGCCCCCCACCAGCCACGAGGCCACAGGACAGAGCGGCUCGUCUGCCAUCACGGGUGGGACGCCGCUGACCUUCCCCAACCCGGCCCCAGAGGUGGACGUCUCGCCCACGACGGCGCAGCCGCCCGCUGUGCUGAACCCCACUCCUGCUCCCGGACCCUACUCGACCGAGACGCUCAACGAGCCGCGCAAGAAGAAGUACGCCAAGGAGGCAUGGCCUGGCAAAAAGCCCACCCCCUCCCUCCUGAUUUGACACGGGACAGACACACUGUGACAGAUCUGAAGAUUACAUCUUGGAGUUUGUUUGAAGUUAUUGGUUCCAAACUUCCUGUUUGCAACAUUACUGAUACAUACUUUAAAUUAGUGCGGGCAAACGAUUAAUCACAUCCAAAAUGAACGUUUUUGUUUACAUAAUAUGUGUGGGUACUGUGUGUGUGUGUGUGUGUAUAUAUUUAUAAACACAUGCAUGUAUAUAUUUCAGAAUUUUUUUUUGCUUAUAUAUUAAAUUAUAUGUAUAUAUAAUAUACAUUACAUGACUGUACAGUGCCGUGAAAAGGUUUUUGCCCCCUUCCUGUUUUUUAUUUUUUAUUUUCUUGCAUAUUUGUCACACUUAAAAGAUUCAGAUCAUCAAACUAAUUUUAAUAUUACAAAAAAAAUAAUUUUAAAAUAAUUUAUUUAAAAAAAAAAAAAUAUAUAUAUAUAUAUAUAUAUAUAUAUUUUUUAAAGUGGUCCAAACCUUCCUGGCCCAAUGUGAAAAAGUAAUUACCCCUAAACCUAAUAACUGGUUGUGCCGCCCAUUGCAGCAACAACUGCAAUCAAGCGUUUGUGAUAACUGCCAAUGAGUCCCUCACAUCGCUGGGGGGGAAUGUAGGCCCACUCUUCUUUGCAGAAUUGUUUUAAUGAGCCACACUGGAGGGUUUCCAGCAUGAACGGACUGUUUAAGGUCUGGACUUUGACUUGGCCACUCCAAAACUCAUCUUGUUUUUCUGAGCCAUUCAGAGGUGGACCUGCUGGUGUGUUUGGGAUCAUUGUCCUGCUGCAGAACACAAGUGAGCUUGAGCUUGAGUUCACAAACUGAUGGCUCAAAUAGAGCGCAGAUUUCAUGGUUUCAUCAAUAAUGGCAUGUCGUCCAUGUCCCCUGACCAUCACACCUCCUCUAUGUUUGACUGUUGCUUUUACGCUCUUUGAGUGAAAUGCUGUGUUGGUUUUAUGCCAGAUGUGACAGGACACACCUGCCAAAAAGUUCAACUUUUGUCGCAUCAGUCCAGAGAAUAUUUGCCCAAUAUUUGUUUCUAAAAUAAUGUGGUAAAUCAUAGUUUCACUUUCAUGAUUUAACAAUUAAUUUUUCACGUAGGACCAGGCAGGUUUGGACAGCUUUUUUCUCUUAAUAAAUGAAAUCAUUGAGUAUAUAAACAUGUAAAUACUUUCAAAAUAUAUGCUGUGUGUGUGUGUGUAUUUAUAUAUACAUGAUGCGCACAGUACACACACACAUGCGAUUAAUAGUUUGACAGCACUACUUCAGAUUCAUAACGCUGUCUGUUACGGUUUGAGGCUUUGUCACAUGGGUUACGUAUCUGAGCUGAAGCUGACACUAUAACUGUGGGGCGAGUGGAUAUCACAAAGAAAUAUUGGGUUUAUUUUGCCCUAAAAUCGUAAAAAAUGCCCUGAGAGUUAAUGCAUUAGCUAAUAUUAACUUACAAUGAGCUAUAUAUUUGUUACAAUAUUUAUAAAUCUUUGCAACGUUUAGUGAAUAAUAAUACUGUUCAUUGUUAGUUUAUCAAAUCAGGUCAGGUAUAAAUCACAUUAACAGACAACUCUUAUUUCAGCAAUGUUUUCGCAAAUUGUGAACUUAACUCUAGAAAAGGUGUUUUUCAUUGUUAUUUCAAUCGCUCUCAGUCAGGAUAAACACCGAAGCGUGUUGUUUUCAGCAGUGAAUGGUGUGCAGUUUAACAUUAACAUGCAUUUAAUACAUAGAUUUGGCUUUGUUUGAAAGCCUGAGAGCAUCUUUGCUGGUCAAAAUGGCCACACAAUUGUCAACUGUACUUUUAAUGUAAGUUUGUUUUUAAAAAGACGUUUUCGUUUUACGUAUUUUAAGUACAAACCAAACCAAAUGUGACAGGAAAUGAAUCUGUAAGUCGGAGCAGGGUGUUUAAUCUGUCUCUGUUUUCAUGAAGCAGGUUGUGUAAAGGACAUUAUGAACGGUUGGAGAAUACUGUGGCUGUGUGUAUGUCGGUUUAUUGAGGGAAAUGCAAACACUGAUGAAAAGAGGACAGUGAUUUGUGUCAUCUGUCGUCUUGUAAUGUGAACUGGUGUGUUAAUGUUUUUAUAUGUAUAUUUUUUUUAUAUCUGAAUGUGAUGGAUGGCGGAAAGACUAAACAUGAAAGGAAUUAGUAUUGGAUUUUUUUUUUGUCUAAUAAACAAUAUU